GAGCAGUAUCAGUUAGCACUCAACUUUCAAAGAAAACAGAUACUUUAACAAACUCAUAAUGUUCAUUAAGACGUCCUUUGUGGUUCUUGCUUUGGUCGGAGCCAUCGCUGCCCAGCACUACUACCAACAACACGAGGAAGAACACAACGCCCCUGCACAUUACGAGUUCCACUACGACAUCCAUGAUGACCACACCGGGGAUGUGCACGGGCGCAAGGAAUCUCGAAACGAACACCAGACCCAGGGUGAAUACUAUCUGAUCGAUGCCGAUGGUCACAAGCGCACUGUCACUUACCAUGUUGAUGGUAAGAGUGGAUUCAUCGCCCAGGUGCACCGUGAGCCAAUCAAGGGACACCAGGCCCCUCAGCCAGUGCAUAAAGUCGUUGCUGUUCCAGUGCAGCAGGGAUACUAUCAUUAAACACUGUUAAAUUGCUGUGAAGUUAUAUUAUUUAAGUAGUUGAAAUGCGA